AUGGUAUAUAUAUCAAACAAACCGCAGUAUAAGCAAGCAUUUUCCAUGGCUGAUUUCUCAAGGCCUACAAGUCGCGAUUUUAUGUCUGGGGUAUUAAAUGCGAACGAAAAUUUCAGAACCACAGAUGUCUCAGUGAUGAGCACUUUAAGAGAUGCUCUCACCAGAGUGACCCGUGUUGUCCAUAAUAGUCGACUGCCGAAGCCGAAAUGCCUUCCGAUACCAACCACAACAGGCGCUCCAAGAGGAAAAGAAACUUUUGCUCCCUCACGAGAUCGAGUGCCCCAAAACCAACUCGAUAAGCUACGUCCACAUCUCCGAGGGUUUCAGCGAAAGAGAUUUCAAAAAUUUCUUGAACCCCUAGAUAUGCCGCAGUUGAAGAUUUUUGAUAAUGACCGAUUACGAUAUAAUGCUCCCAAAGCGGAGGCCAACUUACAUUCCAAGAAAAGCAAAGAUCGAGUGGACGUUUUCAACAACUUUUUAAGCGAGCGGUUUUUGUUCAACAAAAUGUUGGACUUUUUGGUAGAGCUAACGCCAGCUCACUUGAAAUCGCCAGAUAUGGUAAGUGAUCCAAACGUUUUAGCCAAUGUCUUGGAAGAACAGGAAGCGGCCUAUAAUGCUUCCCGAUACCCCAAUGUACCUCGCUUUUGGUUUCAUGAAGUUCCACCGUUUCCGUCUCCUCUUACAAAAGAAAGUUUCAGAGAGUAUAUUUAUUUUCUUACGCAUCUGAAGAUGCUUUAUAAGAACUCCUCCUCUUUAACAAGUGGUAUUGUACCUGAAAUUCUCCUCUACACUCACCACUUGGAAAAUAGCCAAUUUAAAGAGUACCGGUCGGUGGAUACCUACAACUACCUCAUCAAGUUUUUUGGUUAUGACAAGUUCCAAAACUCGUUUGCACGGGAGCUUAUUCUCGUGAUGACCAGAGACGGACACAAGCCAAACAUCGAUACGAUAAAUCAGUUGUUGAAAAUAUGUCGGAAGCAUUCGAACCGCAGAUCCUUGACAAGUACUUACAAAGCAGUCAUGAACUAUUUGACCUUGGCUAAACGUUUGGAUUUAGACAUUAAUCUUUCAACUUGGAAUAGGGUAUACGACUGUAUCGACAACAUUUUUUUGAAAGAGAUUUUUCUUAACAAGAUUUCUUCUAUCAGUUUGCCCAUACUGGAUAAUCUAUGCAUACGAAUUAUAGAGGACUUUGCGCAAACUUCAACACAUUCCCGCGAAGUAAUAGACUUUAUUGAGAAUGACCUCCAUCGCCCUCAUUGGAGACAGGAUGCCAGAAUUGCCGAAAAAGUGAUCUACCAUACAAUUUCUAACGUCGCCGACGAUCAUGCUUUCUUAAAAUCUGUGGAUAGUCUACUAAAUGGCAUCGCAGUGGAUGGUAUCACUUUGAAAAACAUCAUUAAUGCGGUGUCUUCCAACCCCAAUAUCAAGAACAAAGCAUCACAUGCAUUGUCCAUGUACAUCAGAUUGAAAGAUAAUAUUGGUUUGGUUCCUGCAGAAGUCUUCGGGAAGCUAAUACAGAUAUUAUGCCAGAACGAUGAGGAUCUUGAUUUAAUUCGUCUCAAUGAAGUGAUUCGAUGUUUGAUACAUCAUGACGCUGUCCAAAUGCUAAAAUUGCCGACUAAAAUUGCAACUGCAGCCCAUGAAGAACAAACACAUAAGCUGAAAAAUCCUAUUUAUAAGCUACCAUUCGUCAUUCCUAAAGUGGAUUUCCCAGAGAACUAUCGAAUCAUGAAGAGGCUUACUCAGACACAUUUGAUUGAUUUGGAGGCUAGCACUUUGUUUCUCCAAUCAGAGGGCUGCAAAAUUAAGCCACCUUGGGAAAGGCUUGAUGAAGAAGAAAUUAGGAACUGGGAAGAAACAACAUUGCAACACAAACAACAGCUUGUUAAAAGUGGUGCCAUAUCUAACAUGAAUAAAGCUUUUGGCUUUUCGCAAUCUUCACAUCACGUACCACAAGAGGUGAUAACUACUUACAGAAAAGUUUCAUGGAUUAGGAUGGGUGUUUCGCUUGAUAUCAAUUUGGUUCGCAAAUUGAAGAAAGGCUUUGAAAGAGAUAUUGAAGACGAGAUGGCAAACAGAAACAUAUUCCAUGCCAGUCUUUAA